AUGGGAGGUGGCGACGGAGAUCUGUCCUUGACAUUCGCAGACGUGGCGCUGCGGUGUCUGGCCAUCGUCCUCGUGAACUCCACGCAACCUCUCUUAGUUGACCUUCUUCGUUACCAUGGCGCAGCGGAGCCCACGACUCUGCUCUACAUUCUGCCGACCUACUACGGCAUGGUUCUCGUCGGCUUGGCCUCCAAAACGAAGAAAAGCAUGUGGCAGGAAAAGUGGGGAAGAGCUUCCUUCGUCUGCAUGUGCGACCUGCUGCACCAGAUUGCUGAGAAAGCUGGAUUGGUUUUUGCGGGGAGCGCAGCCUACACGAUUACAGCCAGCUGGUCGACUGUCUGGACGGCGCUCUUGUCGCUUUUGCUGCUCCAGAAGCAGCUGAAGAAGCACCAGUGGAUCGGCAUUGUCCUCAUCUGCGUCGGAUUCUCCCUCAAGGCGAUGCACGUUAAUUUUGUUCAGACUAACCACGAGGCGAUCGGAAUCCUUCUCACCCUUUUCGCCUCCGUGCUGCACGGCCUGUCCUUCGUGUUGAACGAGAAGUUCAUGACGGGCGAAAACCAAAUCGAGGGCCCGAACCUCGUGGGUAUGUGCGGCUUGAUCAGCAGCACGGUCCUCACGGCGUGGGUCCUCGUGUGGACAGUUCCCCAGUGGGACGCGCUGGUGACGGCCGAAAUCGCAAGGAAAGGAGGUUCCAUUCCGGUAGUCGUCGUGACCUACACAGCUCUGCUGGUCCUCUCGACGCUUCGGUCUGCGACGCUGUGGUAUCUGCUGAAGCACCUCGGCGCAGUCUCCUCGGGAGUUCUCAAGGGGGCGCGCACAGCUCUCGUCUUCCUCCUCAGCCACGUCUUCUACUGCCGCCUGCAGGAGUCCCAGUGCAUGACCUCUGUAAAGGCGCUCUCCGCCGUAGUGUGCGUCACAGGCGUCGUGGUCUACUCGGUCGGCGACUGCUUGUUUUCGCGCGGGCCGCUGUCUGGCAGGCCGAAGCUCCGUCGUGGAUUUUCCUAUCUGCCAUUCUGCUGCGUGCCGCCGGUCCUGAAGCACCGCGCGGGGCCCGAAAAGCCACUCCGGGGCGUGCCGACGGAAGAGGCCCCCGACCGCACGUACCCGCCCCCCCUGCGCAGGGGACAGGCACGGUCGCUGGCGGACAGUCUCUUCGCCCAAGGGGCCCCCGCGCCCGCGUCCCCGGCCUCCGUCACGAAGCGACCGCGCGGGCGGCGCGCGCGAGGGAGUAGAACCUAG